AAGUUCCCUUAAGCCCGUUUUGGUUCGGGCAUGUAGGCGGACACCUGGCGGGGUCCUGAGCGCGGCAGGAGACCGGAAACAGAAAGAGAAGAUGACGGUCCAUAACUUGUACAUAUUUGACCGUAAUGGCAGCUGUCUGUAUUAUAAUGAGUGGAACCGCAAGAAGCAGGCAGGAAUCUCUAAGGACGAGGAGUUCAAGCUGAUGUAUGGGAUGCUCUUCUCCAUCCGCUCAUUCGUCAGUAAGAUGUCUCCACUGGACAUGAAAGAGGGCUUCAUGUCCUUCCAGACCAGCAAGUACCGUCUCCACUACUACGAGACUCCCAGUGGCCUGCGGUUUGUGAUGAACACUGACCUGUCCGUCCCCAACGCCAGAGAGACACUGCAGCACAUCUACAGCAGCCUCUAUGUGGAGUACAUAGUGAAGAACCCGGUGUGUGUGUUGGGACAGUCUCUGGACAGCGAGUUGUUCAGCAGUCGGCUGGACUCAUUCAUCAGAGGACUUCCUUUCUACAGUCCCCGGGCCGCCUGAUAGACGGACACACACACACACACACACACACACACACACACACACACUGAUUAUAUUUAUGUGAUUGUUGGAUUAAAUAAAUGAACACGA